ACUCUCUCACACAAUGGGGCUUGGGAAACCGAACUGUUCUGAAACUUGCUUCGGUUUCUGGACAUUUAUAGGCAAAGGAGUUAACAGCGGUAGAGUCUGCAAUGGUGUUCAUCUUGUUGUAGUGAAGAAUCAAAAUCCUUCUGACGCCACAUAUUCUGAGUGCAGAGGGCUGCAAGUAGUGGUUACCCUUGAGGAGGGUUCCCAAUACGACGACAAUAAGACACUCAACGAACAAAAAUUCCAAUCUCGUGGAUCGAAAUGGAAGGGAGAAGAGAAGGGGCUGCUGGCUCAUUUGUCUGACGUGUGGAAGCAAAGACUCGAGACGCUGAAAAAUGGCGUAGCACACUACAGAGACAGCGCAGAUGCAAAACAGGAGCUACAACGGUCACUGAGCGAUUUCAUGCGGAAGAGAACAGAAUUCUUGACGAAAGUCGUGAACAACACAAAACCAAUAGAAAAACUUCAAACCACGUGGCAGUUUGUCGAGGCUGUCUGGAAAAGUAAACGAGACAAAUAGACUUUCUAGUGAUCUGCGAAUGCAUAUAUUUCAACUGAUGAUAUUGCAAAUGAGUUGUCUGCUGGUUUGGCGGGUGGGAUGAGUGGGGGGUUGGCAAAGGUGGUUGAAGGGCCAGCGACGCCGCGGUUUAGCUCUCUGUCAAGCCACAAGCCAUAUGAACUGUAGAGAGAGAAUAGAAUAGAAUCUUGUGUAUAGUAGGUGCACUGUUGUUGUUAUUAUUGUUAUUGUUAUUAUUAUAUUUAAUUAAUUAAUUUAAGUGCACAGGCUGGAUGUCUGCUGGCAUUGAGGUUGGUGUAUUGACAUUAUGCAUUAUGUUUUGUCUGUCUGUCUGUUUGUCCAUCCGUCUGUCUGUCCUUCUGUCUGUCUGCCUGUCCGUCCGUCCAUCUGUCUGUCUGUAUGUCCAUCCAUCUGUCUGUCCAAUGUCUGUCUGUCAUCUGUCCGUCCAAUGUCUGUCUGUCAUCUGUCUGUCUGUCCACCCAUCUGUCUGUCUGUCCAUGUGUCUGUCCCUCUGUCUGUCUGUCUGUAUGUCCUUCCGUCUCUCUGUUUGUCUGUCUGUCCAUCCGUAUGUCCAAUGUCUGUCUGUCUGUGUCUCUGUCUGUCUGUCUGUCUGUCCAUCCGUCUGUCUGUGUCUCUGUCUGUCUGUCUAUCUAUUUGGCUGUCUGCAUACCCUCCAACCCCCUGCCAGUCUAUGUGUCUGUCCUUCAUGUUUGUUUCCUUCAUUACUUUAUCUCUC